UGAAGGAAAGCGGAAGUGUGCUGUCCAAGGAGCGCUCUUCCUGCUCCGCCUGUCAGACUCUAUAUAAUAUAAAACAGGGACUCUAAACUGAGCCCAAACUAGAUUAUUCCUCCCUAAAACCAAACAUUAAGGAGCGAGGAUGAGUGAGGAGCACUACCUGGAGCUGUGUGAGAACCCGGUGCAGUUUGAACACGCCUCCAGCGUCAACAACGUCUUCUUUGACGAAGCUAACAAGCAGGUGUUUGCGGUGCGUUCAGGCGGCGCCACGGGGGUGGUGGUCAAAGGCCCCGACGACAAGAGCAGCGUUGCCUUCAGAAUGGACGAUAAGGGAGAGGUGAAGUGCAUCAAGUUCUCCAUUGGAAAUAAGAUCUUGGCGGUUCAGAGGACUUCAAAGUCUGUGGAUUUCAUCAACUUCAUCCCCGACUAUCCGCACACAGAGUUCACCCAGGAGUGUAAGACGAAGAACGCCAGUGUUUUGGGUUUCUGUUGGACGAACUGGAAUGAGAUCGUCUUCAUCACCGACCAGGGAAUCGAGUUCUACCAGGUGUUUCCAGACAAACGCAGUGUGAAGCUGCUGAAGAGUCAGAGCAUCAACGUGAACUGGUUCCAGUACUGUCCAGAGACGUCGGUGCUGCUGCUCUCCACCACCGUGCAGGGAAACGUCCUGCAGCCGCUCGCCUUCAGGAAUGGGACGAUGUCCAAGAUGUCAAAGUUUGAGAUCGAGCUGCCGGUCGUCCCCAAACCUGCCAAACUCAGCCUGUCGGAGAGGGACAUCGCCAUGGCAACCAUUUAUGGUCAGCUGUUUGUGAUGUACCUGAAACACCACUCAAGAACAGCCAACAGCCCCAGUGCAGAAGUGGUGCUGUAUCACUUACCCAGGGAGGGAGCGUGUAAGAAGAGUCACGUGUUGAAGCUGAACACGACGGGGAAGUUUGCUCUGAACAUCGUCGACAACCUGGUGGUGGUUCAUCACCAGAGCUCGCAGACGUCUCUGAUCUUCGACAUCAAGCUGAAGGAGCCGGACUGUGCUGUCAACACACACCAACCGGUUCUACCCGCCAGAUCCAUACACCCCUACAGGAUCCCACUGGCAGGUCCAGCAGUGGUUCCCUCUCAGCCUCCGGUUCCGUGUCAGCUCUACUCGUCAUCCUGGAGCGUCUUCCAGCCCGACAUCAUCAUCAGCGCCAGUGAAGGUUACCUGUGGUACCUGCAGGUGAAGUUGCCCCCGACUGUGAACCUGCUGCAGGACAAAGGAAAACUGAUGGACUUCCUGUUACGGCGCAGAGACUGCAAGAUGGUCAUCCUGUCUGUCUGCUCACAGAUCCUGGAGGGCGGGGAGAAGGGCAGUCUUCCUGUGGUGGCGACUGUGUUUGACAAACUCAACCAGGUGUAUAAAGAAUACCUGGAGGCCGAGCAGGCCUACACUGUGGCGAUGGAGUCCGGGCCGAGUCGAGGCAGCGCGGCCCAGAAGCGUCCAGUCAGAACUCAGGCGGUCAUCGACCAAUCAGACAUGUACACACACGUCCUGUCGUCGUUCACAGAGAGGAAGGGUGUCAACCAUAAAUUCAUCAUCGCGGUGCUGAUGGAAUAUAUCCGUUCUCUGAACCAGUUCCAGAUCACGGUGCAGCAUUACCUGUACGAGCUGGUGAUCAAGACGCUGGUGCAGCACAACAUCUUCUACAUGCUGCACCAGUUCCUGCAGUACCAUGUCCUCAGUGACUCCAAACCUCUGGCGUGUUUACUUCUGUCUCUGGAGAGUACAUAUCCUCCUGCACACCAGCUGUCACUGGACAUGCUGAAGCGUCUCUCCACGGCCAACGAUGAGAUCGUGGAGGUUCUGCUGUCGAAGCAGCAGGUUCUGGGCGCGCUCCGAUUCAUCCGCAGUGUCGGCGGCCAUGACAACGUGUCCUCCAGGAAGUUUCUGGACGCGGCGCGGCAGACCGGAGACCAGAUGUUGUUCUACACAGUGUUCAGGUCGUUCCAGCAGAGAAACCAGCGGCUGAGAGGAAGUCCCAGCUUCAACCCCGGGGAGCACUGUGAGGAACACGUGGUUCACUUUAAGCAGCUGUUUGGGGACCAGGCCCUGAUGAAAGCUUCCACUGUGUGAGCUCAGAGGGACAGUUUGUGAGUCGGUCUCAUUCUCAUCGUCCUGUUUGUUUGCACCAAUAAACAUCGUGUCCUGGUUCCACCUGAUCUCUCUGAGGCGUGCAGUGGCUCAUUGAUGCUAUAAAAAAAACAUAUUUUGACCAACUUAUCGCAAAUAUAUUUACGUUAACACUUCAUCAAUACCGGAGUUUUUUACCUUAUUUUGAUACAAAGUCAGAAAAAUGUGAUUGUGAAAUAUCGGCAGACAUUAACAAAGACUGCUAAUCAGUAUGAAGGGGAAUAAAGCUGAAAAUACAAUAAUUAAUUUGAGUGCUAUUUGUCUUGGAAAACCCAGGAAUCGAGAAUUAAAACAAUACAAAAUUAUUAAAAAUAAAUACAAAUUAUAUAUUUUAUUAUAACUCUAUUAUACUAUUACAAAAAAAUCAAAAUAUUGUAUCUUUAAUUUUGUAAAAUUAACAAAAUUUAACAAUUUUACUCCCUCACCAUUACACGUUUAUUCUCAAAUAUUGGGACUUUUAUUUUGAAAUAAAUUUUGAACAUGGGAUACUUGAGGAAUAAAGUCAAAAUGUCUUUGAAAAAACGAUGAAAACUGUGAUGAGUGACCUGCUGCGUGUCUUUCUGUUGGACGUGGAGCCAAAAAUGUAACUUACAUUAACACAGGACGAAAAGUUAUAUAAAUGUUAACAAUCGCUGUUCGGUGGCUAAAGGCAGCAAAUGGCAUCCCUGUUUGAAUAAUGUAUAUAUGACUUCUUUCAUUAUUGGAAUGUGUUUAUUUUGUACAUAUAAGAAUUAUUACUAACAGCUGCAGAGUGUUAAAUAUUUUUCUUUUGAAUAAAGCAGCACAGAACUGAAUGAAGUCGCAAUGGAAAAAUGUUUUAAUGCUCUGAGUCUUAAUAAAAAUAUCAAUAUAUGUGCUGUCUGUACAUGACUCUGCUCAGAUUUGUUCAGCUAAUAAAAUAUUCUGUGCUGUGGUG